AUGUCCGACCUCGAUACUUGCCGAAACGAAAUCCAGCAGGAAAUAAACCUGUACUGGUCCUUCGUCUACAUUUCCCUCACAUUGACUGUGGUCAAUGUCAUCUUUCGUAACAUUCUUCGCAAUGGAUCUAACCCAGAAGAGAACUACGGCAAGGCGGUCAAGCUCUUUGUCGUCACGGGAAUUAUCAAGUGCAUCUUUGGAAUUCUGCUCAUCACGGUCCUUCUCCCUACAUGUCCUGCCGGUUGUACAUGCGGCCACAUUGGCCAUCCGACAUACGGAUAUGUUGCCUUGGCGCUGGGUUUUCUCUGGCUCUAUUACGCACACGUUUACUACAAAAAGUUGCAAGAGGCGGGCGUGCAAUACGGGGAAGUGGCCAUGAGCAAGCCGGAAAUUUCGAUGACCUCUCCUGUUGUUUGA